CCGAACCAGGUUUUACCGUUACACAGCCCAGUCCCUAUUUUCUACAGACGACUAAAACGCUUUUUAAAGCCUAUAUGUGUGCGCUUUUUGUUUUCUAUCGGCACUGCACUCAUCUCGAUAAUAAUUUCUUCCAUCGACGACUCGGCUCGGACCUCACUUCGGGAAGAAAAGCCGUUUUUCCGAGGCUCGGACGGAGCAGGUUAUUGUGAGGUAAAUAAACUCGGGCUAGGCUAAGCUAACGCGAACCGUGCGGGUUUCUAUCCGUCUGCCUGCCCUUGGCCAGCCUUUCUCGUUGUGGAUGUGUAUUCCUCUCUGAGAUGCAGUAGGGGAGAGCCAUCGACUCCCCACUUGCUGGAUAACACCUUAACUCUUCACCUUUGGCGCUGUGACGUUGACCUCGCUGCUCCUCCCUGCGCUGGUGGCCCUUCGCAUCGGGCCAGAACCAUGUGAAGCCCUUCUUAUGCAGCUCUGAGUGGACUGUAGGACUGUUGCAGUAACGCCCCCCUCCAGACCUGUAGGGGGCUCCCUGUUUAACUCCUGCCUGAGCAGAGACUCCGCCCCAACCCCGAUCUACACUAAAGGCCCUUUAACCCCGCCCCCUGAGAGCUUUCCGUUAGCGUCGAGGGCUAGCCAUGAUGUUCCGGGACCAGGUGGGGAUUCUGACGGACUGGUUUAAGGGCUGGAACGAGUGCGAACAGACGGUGGCGCUGUUGUCGCUGCUGAAGAGGGUGUCGCGGACGCAGGCGCGCUUCCUGCACAUCUGUCUGGAGCACUGGCUGGCGGACUGCACCGAGAUACACUUACUGGAGGCCGAAGCCAACAAUGCAGCCAUCGUCAGUCAGUGGCAGCAGGAGCCAAAGGAGAAGGCCGUCUCUCUGCUGCUGUCUCACCUGCCGCUGCUGCAGCCGCGGAACAGCGAGGCGAAGUGCGAGUACAUGAACCUGCUGCAGAAGGUGCUGAGCCACACCAUCGAGAGCAGCCUGUUCGUGGAGGAAAGCCGCCAGCUGCUCUCGUACGCCCUCAUCCACCCGGCCACCACGCUGGACGACCGCACCAACCUCGCCCUCUGGCUCAACCACCUGGAGGAGCACCUGUCGGCCCGCCCGCCGCCGCCUCCCGGACCGUACCACCACGCCCGGCAGGGCUCGGACGAGUGGCCCGGUCCUACGGAGUCUCUGGAGGCGCACGGCUGGCACGAUAAGCCCCCAUCGACCUGCAGCUCGCCUGCCGGUCAGAACGGGCACAUGGCCUUCCCGGGCACGGGCGGGGUGCCCUCGCCAAUCAAUAUCAGCAACAGCACGGGCCUCCCCAGUCAGGUGCAGCCGAGCCCUCUGAAGCGCUCCAUGUCCCUCAUUCCCGCCACUCAGCCGGGCUGCGGCUCCGAUUGGCUGAGCCAGGAUGAGGUGGGCGGACGGCAAGGCGUGGGCGGAGCCGAACACGCCCCUCUGUCGCCGCAGGGCAGCGUGGCGUCAUCAGGCAGCGAACAGACGGAGGAGCAGACCAACACACGAAACACCUUCCAGGAGGACGGCAGCGGCAUGAAAGACGUGCCGACGUGGCUGAAGAGCCUCCGCCUACACAAGUACGCCUCACUUUUCUCCCAGAUGAGCUACGAGGAGAUGAUGGUCCUGACUGAGCAGCAUCUCGAGUCACAGAACGUGACCAAAGGCGCCCGACACAAGAUCGCGCUGAGCAUUCAGAAGCUGCGGGAGCGGCAGAGCGUCCUGAAGUCCCUCGAGAAGGAUAUUUUAGAAGGCGGGAACGUUCGGAAUGCUUUGCAGGAGCUGCAGCAGAUCAUCAUUACGCCAAUCAAAGCUUACACACCACCCACUGCUGCCCAGAGGGAGGCGGAGCCUGGAGCUACGCCCACCGAUAAAGCAGCCAAUCCCGUGGAAGAGAAGGACUCAUCUGUGGAGGGAUUCCAAACGCAUAAUCCUCCUCCGUGUGACGGGGAGUCGUCGACUACACCGAUUUCAGAAGGAGAUAUUCCGGGACAGUUCACUCGAGUGAUGGGGAAAGUGUGUACUCAGCUGCUGGUGUCCAGGCCGGACGAGGAGAACAUCAGCUGCUACCUGCAGCUCAUAGAGAAGUGUCUAACACAUGAGGCGUUCACAGAGACGCAGAAGAAGCGGCUGGCGUCAUGGAAACAGCAGAUGCUGAAGUUGCUCCGCCUCUUCCCACGGAAAGCCAUGCUGGACAUGCCCAUGUACCGCCAGAAAGGAUGGGCGUACGGCUCGAACUCUCUGCCCACAGCGGGCUCUGUGAGCGGAGGUCUGGGCCGACGGGGACAGAGGCAAUUCACCAUCCCCCCGCGCGGCGCGCUGCCCCCCACCCGCAUCGGCCUCAUGACCCCCGGGGGCAUCACCGGAGCUUCGCCGCGGCACACGCUCACCAACCCCGCCGCGCUCACAGGGCAGGGCCGACAGAACCUGUGGUUCGGUAACCCUGGAGGCAGUAACAGCAUGCCCAGCCAGAGCCGCAGCUCCGUACAGAGAACACAUUCUCUACCUGUACACACGUCCCCGCAGACCAUGCUUCUGUUCCAGCAGCCAGAAUGCCAGGUUCCAGGGACGGAUCUGGAGAUCAACCCCACGCUGGAGUCACUGUGCCUCAGUAUGACGGAGCACGCCUUAGAGGAUGGAAUGGACAGAACAUCAACAAUAUGAAAAUAAAAAGCAAUGGAAAAAAAGGAAUUUUGCAAUCUCACACUUCACUUUGCAACUGAGUCAUGCGUUCGGUGCCCACGGCCCCCAGAACAUACAUGUAUGCUAAACAAACAAACUAAG